AUCGACUUCUGUAUCCUAUGACAGUCUGCUCGUACUAUCUACGUGGCGCGUGUAAAUAUGGCGAUAGAUGUCGCAACGAGCAUCCAGCGGACCGAGCACAACAGGUUGGCUUUGGAAAUCAAAGUUGGACAAACACUACUAGUGGUUCGAGAGACAUGGCAGUUCCAUAUACCACUGAGUCAAUGGCAAGAGACGUAACCCCUCUACAAGAUAAGCCUUUAUGGCCACUAUCAUCCUAUGGCGCUGCGAAAUAUGAACCAGUAGUGGUUGGAGGAUUGGACGAGUCGCCCGAGGAACUUCGUGUGAAGGCGGUGACUGCGUUGAAGGCAGGAACCAUCAACGAAUAUAUGAAAUACGAGUCAGAUAAAAUAGCCGCAUCGGAGCAGGCGUACGAUAGCGCUAGGAGAAACGCUGCACAGCUACAUGACGCUGCUUUCAAACUGAGCAAGGAAGCUGCUUCGACUGCGCUCGGUCAGAUGUCCCCUUUUGGUGGGCGAUCAGCGUUUGGAACGAAUGCGAUUGCGGGGUCGGCGUUCGGUAGUGGACCAGCCUUUAGUUCUAGCCCUCAACUAUCGGCGUCCGGUGCAGCUUCCACUGCCUUUGGAAAAUCUGCCUUUGGUCAGCCUGCUCCAACGACAUCAGCAUUUGGACAGCAACCAAACUCUGCAUUUGGACAACCUACACAGACCACGUCGGCGUUUGGGCAGCUACAACAGUCAACGUCUGCCUUCGGGCAGCCGCAACAGUCAACGUCUGCUUUCGGGCAGCCUGCUCCAACGACAUCAGCAUUUGGACAGCAACCAAGCUCAUCGCUUGGGCAGCCCUCUGCAUUUGGAUCAGCCACUCAGCCAACGUCGGCUUUCGGGCAAUCAUCGUUGAUUAAACCUGGGUCCGGUGCAUUUGGCUCUUCAGCACCUUCCACAGGUGCAUUUGGUGCUCCGUCACCAGCGUUUGGGAACACUGGCACUAGUGGUGGUCCACCCUCAGCAUUUGGGAGCACUGCCGCCGGAGCCGGUGGCGGGUUCUCUGCCUUUGCAUCCCAGCCGUCCGGGUUUGCGUCAGCACCGACGCAAGCAUUGGCUUUUGGACAGUCAUCAUUCGGAGCCCCUGCCCCUGCAUCAACACAAAGCGCAUUUGCUGCGCCAGCACAGGUGCAAAGUGCAUUUAGCUCCGCCCCAACCCCACAAAGUGCCUUUGGUUCUACACCAUCCGCACCAAAUGCAAUCGGGGGGUCCUCCAUAACGCCGCAGUCCGCUUUCGGAUCAGCGCCAACAUUGACAUCUGCGUUCGGUAGCACAGGCACUGGAGCUCCAUCACCCUUUGGCAGUUCUGUGCCCAUGGUUUCUACUACGUUCGCAACUCCAAUGACCACAGUCCUAUCCGAUGCUUCGAAACCGUCUGCAUCAGCACCUGCAUUUUCACGGUCCAAAAUCCAGCUAAAACCUGACAGAUAUGCUGGUCUAUUGCCGCCAAACUACAUGGAUUUAUUGCCGGUAGAUGUGAAGGCUGCGUUCGCGGCGGAGAAAUUCGAAUGGGGAAAGAUACCAGAGUGGGUACCGCCGAAGGAGGUGCGGUAGGAUGACUCGUUAUGACGUUACUGCAGUAUUGUAUGAGUUAUCCUGUUGUGUCUUUUACAGACUAGCAUCAUAGAAUCGCACUGUACAACAAUUCACAUCACCGUAACACACGGUCACCGGUGGUUUUGCGG